CAGCAACAGCUGUUGCGUUACGCAAGCGGUUAAAGAGCAACAGGUUCUGAUUCUCACUCAUUAUUAUAUCAAAGCGUGAUCAGGUCCGGGUAAUAUUCCAGUGAUCAUUAUAUAAAUUGUCGCUAUCAGUGCCAUGUUGCAAGCCACCAGCCGCCAUUUGAUCGCUCAGGCGCGUCGCUACAGCUCCAAGAUCAACGAUGUUGUUGUUGUUUCUGCUGCUCGCACGCCCAUCGGCAGCUUCCAGAGCCAGCUGGCACCUCUGUCAGCCACACAGCUAGGUGCCACCGCCAUCGAGGCGGCUAUCGAGCGUGCGGGCAUUGCCAAAAGCGAUGUUAAUGAGGUGAUCAUGGGCAACGUUGUGUCAGCGGGGGUCGGCCAGGCACCGGCCCGUCAGGCGGCCAUCUUUGCCGGAUUGCCCACCAAUGUGUGCUGCACGACUGUGAACAAGGUCUGCUCCUCGGGCAUGAAGGCUGUGAUGCUGGGCGCCCAGUCGCUGAUGCUUGGCCAAGCCGAUGUCGUUGUGGCUGGCGGUAUGGAGUCCAUGUCGAAUGUGCCUUACUAUUUGAAACGUGGCAAUACACCCUAUGGAGGCGUUAAUCUGACCGAUGGUAUUGUCUUCGACGGCCUCUGGGAUGUCUACAACAAGUUCCAUAUGGGCAACUGUGCCGAGAACACAGCCAAGAAGAUGCAGAUCACCCGCAAGGAUCAGGACGAAUUCGCCAUCGAAUCCUACAAGCGAUCGGCCAAGGCCUGGAGCGACAAAGUCUUUGCCAAUGAGAUUGCUCCCGUCAAGAUUCAGGUAAAACGCAAACCCGAACAGGUGAUCGCCGAGGAUGAGGAGUACAAGCGUGUCAACUUUGAUAAGUUUGGCCAGCUGUCGACCGUGUUCCAGCGGGAGAACGGAACCGUUACCGCUGGCAAUGCAUCGACGCUAAACGAUGGCGGUGCUGCUGUUGUCCUCAUGACCGCCGAGGCGGCCCAACGUGCCGGUGUAAAGCCGCUCGCACGCGUUGUUUCCUUCCAGGAUGCCGAAACUGAUCCCAUUGACUUUCCCAUUGCACCGUCAUUUGCUGUGCCCAAGCUGCUGGAGCGAGCUGGCGUUCGUAAAGAGGAUGUUGCCAUGUGGGAAAUCAACGAGGCCUUCUCUCUGGUCGUCGUGGCCAACAUGCGCAAAAUGGACCUCGACCCCGCCAAGGUCAAUAUCCAUGGAGGAGCCGUCUCUUUGGGACAUCCGAUUGGCAUGUCCGGUGCUCGCCUGAUCACUCACCUGGCACACGCCCUAAAAACCGGCGAGCUGGGCUGCGCCUCCAUUUGCAAUGGUGGCGGCGGUGCCUCCUCUAUUCUGCUGCAGAAGCUUUAAAGCUACGGCAACAGCUAUCAAUCGGUUAAAGCCAGAAUUGCAUUUAUUGAAAUUGAAGAUGACGAUUGCAGUCAUCAACUAUUUUAAACGGGUUUAAACUC